AUGGAGGUUACAGCUCUCUGCAUCAGACUGUUGUUGGAAGUUUUGGUUCUACUGAUUGCACAAGUUCACCACGGUUACUUUGCUCAGAAAGCUGCUUUUCCACUUAUUGUUCCAGACAGACUGCAGUUCUUUCUAUAUGAGAACGUGUCUGUACAUUGUGAUGAGAAUGAUGGCUUCACUGGAUGGAGGCUGAAGACGAACCUCAACAAAAUCCCCUCAGCAAACUCUUCUGGCUGCCACUUAUCAUCCUGCACCAUUUUUCCUAUCCUUCAGUCACACAGUGGAGAAUACUGGUGUGAAGACGAAGAGGGUGGAAUAAGUCACGCUGUCAAUAUCUCUGUCACUGCUGGUUCUGUGAUCAUGGAGGGUCCUGCCCAUCCUGUGCUGGAGGGAGAAGACGUGAUUCUUUAUUGUAAAAAGCAGAAAACUCAGUCAAAACACAUAGCAGAUUUCUACAAAGAUGGAUCUCGUCUCGGCACCCGGUAUACUGGCAACCUGAUCAUCCAAAAUGUUUCCAUGUCUGAUGAAGGACUCUACAAGUGCAGCAUCUCUGGAGGUGGAGAAUCACCAGAGACACCUGAUGAAAAGACCACCAACAGUCCCCGCAGUGACUCUCCUCACCUGCUCACCCUGCUAUGUAUAGUUGUCGGUGCUUUACUGACGGCUCUGCUGUUCGGAGUGGGACUAUUUCUCUGUAGGAAACACAAUGUCCCAGAGGAAAGUGUAGUUGAUCCAAACCACGCAACAUAUGCUGUUGCCGUAAAACAAAGGAAGGAGAAAGGACAUGGCAAUGUAGCUGACCCAGAGAACAUGACAUACAGUGUUAUCAAAAUGGAGGAGAAAGAGAAGCAGUCCCACCAGCCUUGGCAACAGAGCCGUCAGUAG